AAUUCACAGAAAUAAACCGAUGAUAGAAGGUUUCUUAGAAAAUGAUUUAAAUAAACUUUCAGGAAUUUUUUCAACGUGGUCUGAAAACAACACGAGAGGUUUGAUCAUGCAAGCAGUCUCAAACGAAAACUUACCACUUGUAUUUAAAGCAAGUUUAAAUUCGGGACAGAAUGAUCCUUCCAUAAAUUUCAACAUCGUUGCUGGGCCCAGCAAAAGUUAUAAUAUUUUUGGAGCUAUACCUUCCAAUAAAGAGAUCGUAGCUUAUUUAGAACAUGAUUUAUAUGGAUCAUUGUCGAAAGAUGCUUCUUUUAAUCUACGCUUGAAUACGACAACUCUGAUUUGGACUAAAAUUCACUGGAAGACAGGAAUAUGGAAGGAAAUCAGAGAUAAUAUAUUGAAUGAGUAUGAUGACUUACAAUACAUUGUUGAAAAUAUUGGACAAAGUUUUGUUUGUAUGAUACCAGAUAAUGCUGGUGAAAAGUUGUACAGGGAUAUAAAUUCAGUAACUUCUAAUCUUACUGCAGACUUUGAAAUAUCAUUUUUGAAACUGUACUACGAAUCUUCGAUAGGCAUAUUAAAUGAUAUGUAUCAAGAAAACCAUUUGUAUGCACGAACUAUUGCGGACUACAUAAAUAAAACUGCCACAAAUAUAAUUAAAUUGCCAUCGUUUGGAUUUAUUACUGACCUAGACAGAUGUAUAAAUAUUUUAUGGAUAAAAAUCAAAUCGUGUCCUGAGUAUUACAAUUAUCUUCAAACCAAGUUGUUACAAGUACGUGAUUCGUCGUUGGAAAAAAUUAUGGAUUUGCACAAGGAUAUUGCCAGCCUGAAAACAUAUUUCAAAAAUGCUGUAACGCUUAACAUAAAUAAAAUUAAAUCGCUACUGUCAUCUCUGGGCACUCGUACUACUGGUUUGCUCGACGCAUUCGAAGACCUCUGGCGCAGGACAAAGGCGAAAGUUAGAAGCAUUUUCGAGCCGACCAUCCGAAUGCUCCUGAACAUCGGGCAAGGGGUGGAGACGACUAUUCUUGAUGCGAAAACAGAAUUUAUAAAUUGGUUGCAAGAAGUUCAAAAUUAUAUUUACUCAAUACAAGAGUUGCGAAUACUAAUCGAUACAAUUGUAGAUGCCACGAGUUAUAUCAAAAACCACUUUUCUCAAUAUGAUGUGCAAUCAACCCUAGAUUAUUUGACUGAAAUAUGUGAUAUUGUCACGGCUGAUUUCCAGAGACUGUUAGAUUUAUAUUCAAGCUAUUGCAACGUUGCUGUAGAAGCUAUAAUAGGAGAAACUCCAUACCAGUAUAAUAGAACCGAGAUGCAUUUGUUACAGAAUGAAACGAAUAUGGUUAUACAAAAGAUAAUAUGGACCUGGAACUACUAUAAUAUACCAGAACGUGUAAAAGGCUCAUUAAAAUACCUAAAAGACGACAUGAUUUCUAUAUUAAAUUUAUCAUACAAUUUUCUCACGGUAGAACUUUUACACCUUUUCGAAUAUGAACAAAUGAUCCAGUUUCGUCAAAUCGCCGCAUUCAAUUGCCACGGUUUUCGAAACACAAUAUUUCGUCCAGACAAGGGGCAUAUUGAAUUAUUUCAAUAUCUCCCAUUUGAAUGGGAAGGUUUUAAUGUUACACCACAAUUUUACCUACCAACAACAUUCAGAGAAAGUUUACAACGUUUAAGAAGAGGCGAAAGACCCAAUUUUAAUACCGAAGCUUAUUGGCCAUGGUUAUAUUCAAGAUUUGAAUCUCAUGCUGAUUUGUUACGAGUUCCUCCACCAAUGUAUGCCCUUCUGGUGGGAUCCUCCAGUUACAUAACUUUCCAGGGAGAAUAUCUUGAAAUUCUUAAUUCUUGCAAAUAUCUUGUUUUAGCGGAUUCCAUUGACGAUAACUUCGCUAUUUUCGUAGAGCAUUCACUGAAAAAUAAUAAGAUCGUGAAGGAUUCAGUACAAGUUGUAGUAAAUGGAAAUACAAUAAAACUUGAAAUUAAUGGCCAAAUCUCCGUAAAUAAGAUUCCACGAAGCCUACCAUACCUAAUGGAUGACGUGCUAACUAUACAUCGAGAUCAUUCAAUCUUAAAAUUACAAUAUAGAAAUCGUUAUUUUAUGGACUGGCAUCUUACGACUGACGUUACUGUAUUCACAUCAAAACAAUGGUCAAGAGGAAACACCAUUGGACUAUUGGGCAAAGAAGAAGACGAAUCUAGGGAUGUUUUCAUUGAGAAUAAUUACAAUAAGACAAUGCAUAAAUGCAGCACGGACGUGACUAAUAAUUCAGUGACCAGUGAUACCAAGAAUAUUGAAAUCGUAACAAACACUACGGCAUGUUAUGAAAUUCUACAGUCACAAGAUUCGAGUUUGGCCAAAUGUUAUGGUAUUGUGGACCCUAAACCAUAUUAUAGCAUGUGCUUGAAUAAUCAAGAUGUUUGUGCGUCGGCUCAAGCGUACAAAACAAUAUGCGAAAUAUCUGGAGACAAAGGACUAUCAUUGGAAAAAUAUGAAUCUUGUCGAUGGAAAACUGGGGAAAUGCUGUCAGACUCCCUAACAGCAGUAAACGCUGCUGAUGUAGUUUUCUUAGUUGAAGAAGUCAAUUCAUUAUCGUUUGUUGACUUAUCCCAACUUCUUUUGGAUCUGGAGAAGGCGUUGCUUAACAAAGGAAUUGGUUUAGACGACCUGUUAACUUUGAAAAACCUUGAUUCUACUGUCAAUCGAUACGCAAUUGUCGGCUGGGGAGGCGACAUGGGAUUGAAAGACCCUUACACACGGACCUCUUUGGCCCAUGUUUGGAACAGUGCACAAACAGCCGCCGAAUUACUCACGAAAAUCUCCUAUGGGGACACCAAAGACACAACAAGAAUAAAUAUUGUACGCGUCUUAGAGUACGCUUCGGGACUACAAUUUAGAAAAGGCGCUUCUAAAAUCUUGGUCCUUUUGCAAGGUCAGGAGUGUCAAGGCCAAGAAAAAUAUGAUGAUAUUGCAGGUAUCUUGAACAGAAAAGACUUCACUCUACAUGUACUUGAGCCGGAUUCUAUAAAACCAAAAACAAUCGACCCGAAACCUACAAAAGUGUUUGGCGUCGAUAUGAAUGGCGGUUAUACUGCAAGGCAUCAAGAGGGUGCACUCCCAGAUCCUAAAUUAUUAAGCAAGAUUUCCAUACCACGCGAUCAGUGUACCCCUGCGACUUUCGAGUCCGGUGGUUCGCUUUUCAACCUGGAUCGCGCAGAGGAUGCCCGCUUUGCGCCCGUGUGGGCUCAGCGAGUGGCGUUGUCCGCCAAGAAACAUGUGCCGGAACAAGACGAUUGCAACGGGCAGGAACAUAGCGGUUGCAAAUCAAAUAAAAUAGUAAAGAUUGGACAGGGUAGACAAGAUUUUAAGAAAGUUUCUAGGAACUACGAAUUUUCAUCUUUUUCGAAAUUAUUAAAUGCUGGUGGAGCACUAGAGAGCAAUGUUAUUUUUUCACCUGAGUCGUAUAUACCUAGGUCUGCUAUGGUCAAUUUGACUCUUGAUAUAUUUGGUGAAACUAUGAAUGUAUUAGAAAUUGGUGGUAGAGCAGAAGGGCUGGAAGAUACUUUUGAAAAACUUUUUAGCCCUGAUGGCUAUUAUCCGGAUGAAACACUAUCGAAAAUAUUCAAUGUUAUCAAAGCAGAUGGCAACACCAAUGAAAUAGAAGCUUUCAUACCUAAAAGUGAAUAUAAAAAAAUAAGAUAUUCCUACGAUAAUUGGAUUCCCAUUGAGGCUUUCGUUGAAUGCAACGGUACCGUAGGUUUGAAAAUCGGUGGCAAAGUUGAUGUGGAAAAUUUUAGAGAUUUUAAAAUGAAUGUAGUCGGUCAUAUUGUUCCAAGUGCUGCUAUUCGCAUUGUUGGCACUAUGGUGAUGGAUGCUUCUGUUACAAAAUCUGGUUUAAAAAUGGAUGUAUCUAUGAACUCAAACUCGUAUAUCGAUGGUUCAAUACGUCUAGAUGAGGGAAAACUAGUUGAUAUUAAACUGAAAGUUCCUAAAGAAAAAAUGAAUUUAGUGAAAAUUACUUCAGAAAUAUACUUAAUAAGUCCAUCCGGAAAUGAACCUAUUAAAGGUCAUUCUCAGAGAGAAACAUUUUAUAGCUGUGGAUCUGAAACGGCAGCUGUUAUUACUGGAAUGCAAUUAUGUAAUGAUAUUUCUUAUCCAAAUGCUUCUUCUUCUUUGAUUGCACCAUAUUUUCCGCUUACUGGAUCUGCUCGUUAUAUAUUGGAUUUAAAAAAAGUUGACAACUUUGAUUCUUAUGAAUUCAAAUACCAUAAAGAAUCAAAAAUAAUUUCUAGUGAACCAGUUCAUAUGUUUAAUUUAUAUAUAAACACUCCAAACUCUAAUGUAAAGAGAAAUAUAGAUAUCGGAUACAAAAUCUUCCCAAAAGCCAUGAAUGCGAGCGCUAAAAUCCAUACACCAUUCAAAAGGCUUAAAGGAAGUAUUGCAACCCAAGACGAUAAAAUAUCAUCGAAUAUAAACAUACAAUACUUUGAUCGCAUUUUUGCAGAAGUUGAUGGGUUUAUUGCAUAUACUCAAAAAAAUCGAUACAGCACUUUUAUUACUUUAUCAGGUUUUACGAAAGAUAAAGUUUCAUUUUUAGGAGAUCUCAAUAGAGAUAAGGAUAAGUGGUCGUGGAAUGGUAACCUUGCAAGUUCUGAAUUAUCGGGUGAUAUGAAAGGUUCUUUGAGUUAUACUUCAUCAAUAUACUGUGUAAAUAAUUCUAUGACGUACAUUUUUAAAAAUCAACAAUUGCACAGCGUAUCGCUUUAUUUGAAAUAUGAAAAUAUAUUAACGGGUAUGCUUAAAAAGUUGGGAAUAUCAUUUUCAUUACAAUCAACCGAAUUUCCACAGUCUCAUAUUGAAUUUUCAUGGGGAUUUCAGAAAACUCGUGGAUAUAUUGAGCACAACGCGGUUGCGGGACUUGGAGAUGUGAUAUGGAAAACUCAUCAACUGUACCGAUUGAAAAUAUUAGAUGGAUACUACGACUUUGAAGCGAAAUGUGCUUUCAAUUGUUUGAGCAAGGAUAUCGAUUAUUUAGUUAGUGCGAAAUACCUAACAAAUUUUAAAGGAAUUAUAGCGCACAGCAUUGCCCGUUUGAAUGAUGAGCAUCGAGCAUAUGCCAAGGUAAAUAUAUUGAAAGAUCCUUUAACAAAUGAUUUAGGAGUAUUUCUGCAAUUCUUGAUACCUAAGAGAAAGUGGACUUUGGACGGUCAUUUGACACAUAAAGGAAACGAAUAUGGUGUAUUAUUUACCGGUUCAGCAAUUCGGAGUUUUGCCGUAGAAGAAGAGAUCAAUUUCAAGGCUGUUGGUUCGUAUACAGACCUCAGCGAUAUCUCAAAACUAGAACAUUCAAUCACAUUGCAUAUUACUCAAAGCGGGGGAAACAUCGAGCGAAUAGAACCUUGGACGUUGAAAGGAAAACUAUUAGUAUCAAAUAAACAUUUUGAAUGUAGCGCCAGCGCAGAUUAUAAAAAAAAUAAAUAUGCUGCUGUACUAUUGUAUACGAAUAUUCAUGAACAUAAAAUAUCCCUCAUUAUGGACCUACCAAACCGGCAUUAUGAAAAUACUCUGGUUUUUGCACUCAAGGGGCCAAAUAAAAAAUUAUUAUUGGAUCUCGAUUUAGAGAAGCGGAUCUACUCAUUAUUUAAUUUAAAUACCAGCACUACCAUACAGUUCAGUAUGCUUUUUCACUGGGAUAAGAUCAACAACCCCGAAAAUAAGUGCAUUUUUUUGCUUGAUUUAGACACCGCGCAACAGAGCUUUCGUUUAGAACUUCCCGGACAAAAAAUAGACGGAAUUAGUACAAUUGAAGAUAAUAAAGUAAAAAUAAUGGGUUAUUGGAAUGAGAAUCAAUGGAUUUCGUUUGUAACAUCUCAUGAAGAGAAACAAGACAACUCUUUAAUUAGUUUACAUCUGGAAUCAACAAUUCCGAUAUUUAAAAAACAUUUGAUAAACCUGUCAUAUAAGGGAGCCGGAAAACGAGUAAUGGACCUGAAUAUGCAUUUCGAAUGGAUGAACAAUUUUAUAUUACUGAACGCGACUGGUAAUCACUCUCCAGCGUCAAAUUUGAAUACUGUCGUUAAUGUGAUGAGUUCCUUUUAUCCGGUACCGAAUAUAACAUUGGAUUUUGCAAAUAAAUUAAAUCGUGAAUCGGAUUCCGUACUUGUCCUAACAAAUUGCAAGCUGUUCUAUAACAAAGAUUCAUAUCAGAUAACAGGAAAAUUUGAACGAGCUCAAAAUUAUUGUAAUGCUGAGUAUAGUAUUAGCGGAUCAAAAGAAACAAUAUCAAAUAUAAUUUACAAAUAUUCAAUUUCGAAACCUUUAACAGAAAUAUCAGGACGAAUGUCAUGGUUUCAAGAAGAAGUUUAUAUAAAAUAUGAACAAGAACCUCAUCGAGCUGAUUUCUUGAUGACUACACCUUUUAAAUACAUCGAGCAAAACGCUUUCAAUUACUACUACGACUUUCAACAUUACAGAAAUGGCACCGUGGACAUUAGUUCUACUUUUUUGCCAAAGCUAAGUGUAUUAUUAGAACAUCAGUUUUUAGGAGAAAUGGUGGAAAAAUUCAAAGUAAUAUACGAUGACGAAAAACGAUGUGCGCUGGAUUUUGAGUUCUCUUCGGACAGAUCACGUUAUAUGGGCUUAAAUCUUGAAAUACCUAAUCAUAUAUUGAAAACCAGGUUGGAAAAAGACUUUAAUGAGGAUCAUAAGAAGUGGUUCGUUAAGUAUGCUUGGAAUAAUGAUACUUUACUAGCAACUCUUCAUAUGCGCGAAGAAAUGGAUAUCGAUUUCAACACAACGAAUGAUCAAUAUAUUUUUGAAGUGACUGGUUCUAUCGUAGAACACAAAACUCAAAUGGAGUUCGAGAAUAAUGAUAAAAUUCUUCGUAUUAUAAUUGAUUCUAGUACAAACAAUGAAUGUGAUGUAGAAAUUUACUUUGACUACGAUAAAAUUGCAGGUAGUUCGAAGGCAAUAGCAUCUGGAAAAAUUGGAUCAAAUAAUUUGGAUAUAGUUUCAUCUACCGACUUUAAACUUGAAACAUUCAAUCAUAUAUCAGCUUGGAAAUAUAAUGAAUGGAAUGACAACUUAGAAUUUUCAUAUGCGCUUGAACAUUACCAGUUGAAAAAUUUAAUUUUAAAAUGGGAUAGACCUUCUAAAAUUAUGGAUUCCACUGAUGAAUCCAUUCAACUUCUUUACAGUUUUUUUACUGAUGAUAUUGUCAAUGAACCAAAAAUUUCAAUUGUAGAUAAAAAAUAUAACGAAAGUAUCGAUGUCAGCGGAAAAUUUGUCAAUUCUAAUGAAACCUUUAUAUUUUUAUUAUCUGCCGAAUCUUCUAAUUUUGACCCUAUCGAAAUCGAGUUCAAUUAUAACUUAAAGCAGAAUAUUAAAACAUCAGAAUUAAUUGUGAAAUGGAACAAAGACGUUUUAAAGUUGUAUGCGGAUGCUGCUUUAAAUAGUUCGAUGAUCAUGGGUAACAUAAUCAUAAAUUUGUCCGACAAUGAGUUGACCAGAAUAAAUGUUCUUUACAAAAAUGCAUCGGAAAUCCAAUUAUCAGCAAUAUUAAAUUCAACUCAAAGAUAUCAAAUGCACGCUAAAUAUGAAUUGAAACAAAAUGCAAUGUUAAUUGCAACAGGCAUAGAUACACCUGUGAACGGUUUCAAACAUUUAGAGUCAAUAUUUGAUGUUUACUAUGAUGAAGAAAAAGGUCAUGCUGCUUUCAAAUUGACAAAAGAUUCAAAACUUGUAGAUUUAUCAUCAUCAUUUAUGUAUUUAAAUGAACUUUACUCUGCCGAUAUAUUACUUCAUGAUUCUCUAUUUAAUUUACCAAACUUGAAUAUGAAAUUGGAGACUCUGGGACAUCAAAAUUUGAAACUAGAAUCUUUCUGGAAUUACAACAAUGAAAAAGCUGCGUUUACUACGAAUUUAGAAUUUUUAAAAGAAAAAUUUAAGUUCAAUACCACUUUUCAAACAAGUGCCAGUUUGCUGCCGAAAGGACAUCUAGAUGUGCAGUACGACAUAACAACUGCGAUAAAUACUUUUGGAAUAGAUUUAGGUUUGAAAGAAGAUUUCUUAGUUUUGAAUGGAAUAUACAAUACUACAAAUUUCAAUAAAGAAGCAUUAUUAGAAAUGGAUUCGAAGCUUUCAAAUUAUCGUGAAAAUGUAAUUUUAAAAUUAGGCACAGGAUUAAAUGAUGAUGAUGUUGAAUAUAUGAAUAUUUUAUUAGUGAAAAAUGAAAGUAUAUAUAGCAUCGAAACAAGCGCACAUAAAGAUGUUAAAGAUGUUUUAUACAAUUUUACAAUCAGUAGUCCAUCUACUAAUUGGAAUAAUGUUAGAGGUAAAAUAUUUUUGGUGCAAAAAAAUCACGUCUCAUCGGCUGGAAUUGAGUGCGAAGUAGACGGUAAUACUAUAGCUUUAUCUACAGAUGUUCACUUAGAAGGAGCAAACUUCUGCAAGGUCGAUAUUAAAUUUGAUAGUUUCUUAGAUAAUUAUGAAACCAUACAUUCUGGAUUUAUGUAUGAUUUAAGAUCCGAAAUAAAAAUAGUGACAUUGUUUCUAUUGCCAUCUAAACUUCAUAAAGAUAAGCACCAAAUUGAUUCUUCGCUGGAUUUAUCACAUAGUGGUAUAUUAAAAGUAAACUUCAAUGCAACAUCGCCUAUGUUAUAUGCUAAAAGCAUAGAUAUCUCCACACAAUAUAGCUAUGAUUUGUCGGAGAAAUUUGCUAAAGCUCUGAUAGGUAUGGUAGAUGUAAAUAAAGAUUUGAUUGAUGACAGUUUAUUCUCAUUAAAAGUGAAAACUGAGGUUGAACUAUGUGAAGAUUGUGUAAAAGAUACGUUUAUUAUAAUUAAAGGGCAGCAAUUUGCAAACAAAACUCAUCAUGUAUUCCUUACAACAAAUAUUCUUAACAAUGAAAACGAUGUUUCAUUAUAUUUUACACCUGACAGAGCAAAAGUUCUUGAACUAAGAAUUAGGACAUCAUUUGAAGUAUAUCCGAAUAUAUAUCUCAAAGCAUCAUAUGCUCAAGGUCUGAUAAAUACUUCUAUACAAUUGAACGAAACAAAUUCCUUAAAUAUGCUUUUAAAUUUAAGUGCUUUGUUCACUAAAGAUCCCUUACUGAAAAUAAAUACUGCUGAAAAAGAAUACUUGUUUAUACAAGUUGGACAAUCGCAUGCACAAGCGAAAAUUUAUACAGAAAAUAAUUACGUUGGACAUUUAUCAUACCGUGAUAGAGGAACAGAUUUUGUAAUUAAUUUUAAUGCAUCUAGAAAUGACGCCUGGUUUUUGGCUUUUGACACUCAGCUCAAAAGAACAGAUGAUGACAAAAUAAUUCUUGAAUAUAAUUUAAAGAAUACUUUUAGUGCGAAUAGUUAUCAAAAAAUGUACGGGAUUAUGACGUGUUUUUAUGAAUAUAAAAAAGAUUAUUAUAUAGAUUAUACUCUAUUCAAUGUGGAUGAAAAACUUAUCGACAUCGUAGCAUCUAUCAAUAAUAUCACAAAUUCAGGAUUUGCUAUGGGUUCUAAUGGUGACCAAGGUAAUAUCGGAAUUAGCUGCAAGCAAUCUCAAGAAGAUUAUGUACAUUUUAAUUGGAUUUUAAACAAUGAUAAUAUAGAGGCAAGUUUGGAUACAUCUCAUUCAAAUGUUAAAAAUAUGAAGUUGUUGAUGCAUCGAAAGAUAGAUGCUGAUAAACGUCUCUACUUGUUCCAUACAAGGUGGUCUUAUGCCAUUUUUGAAUCAAAAUUAAGCUUAUCUAACAAACAUAAUAACUACGACCGUGGACGAAUUGCUUUUCAAUUAAUUACACCACUUCAAGUUCUGUCAUCGAUUGAUAUCGAUUUACGUUAUCAUAUGUUUCACAAUUUUGCUGUCGAUGUAGAAGUCAAUAAAAAAAUCUAUAAUUUCAAAAUAGAUCUUAUACAAGAGGAAAACGAUUUUCAAGUCGAUAUCAUUCUGAAUUCACGAAACCCAUUUAUCGAAUUGUUUAAAAUUUCUGGAAAACUCAAACAUGUAAAAGUACAAGAUUCAAUCGGGUCAUUGGCUAUAGAUUUAUUCAACCAGUACACAUGUACAGCAAAAUACCAAAUCAAUCUCAAAGAAUAUUUAGGAGAUGCUAAUUUUAUUUUGAACGUGCAGAAUGUACAUCUGAAUAUUAGAGGUGACUACGACGUGACUGAUGCAAAUGAUGAAAGAAUAAAUUUAAAUCUCGAGAUACCGGACAGAGUUUACAAAUUGAAAAGUAAUCUGUCGAAAAGAGAAGGCGUCAUAACUCUUACUAAUUAUUAUAAAAUGCAUUUGCAGAACAGAAAAAGUAUUUUAUGGUACAUAAAGAAGAAUGCCGAAGAACAACAGAUAGGCGUUGAAUUUUCGAUUAAUAAAGAGAAAAACACUUGCAUGAUAUCACUGCGGCCAAACUUCUACGGAAUGAAAUUCCGCGUAUUGUUUGACGUGCGCAAAGUAAAAAGUGUUGUAGAAUCUGAAUGGAGCAUGGAACCUGGCAACGAAUAUAUAACUCUUGACUCGACAUUUAUGAACAAUGAAGUAGUUUUAAAUAGCGAUAUCAAGCAUAGUAAAAAUAUAUAUUUUGUAAAUUUGAAUCUCGAAAUGCCCUUGAACAAUAUAAAAAAUAUCACAUAUCAAAAUGUGUUAUCGAUCGACAACAAUUUCUUGUUUGAUGGUGUCCUGAUUUGGCAGAUACACAACAGAUUUGACAACGUGACAUUAAAGGCAGAAGUGCGUCCAUCCUUGAAUAAUUUGAAUGCAAUUAUUUCUAUGCAGACUCCUGUAACUGAGCCUUUUAUGUUCAAAAUUAAUUAUGAUAUCUCUGCCUCUAACAAAUUAUUCAUUAUGGACAUUUCAUCUAAGGGUAACACUUUGGUUAUGAUGUCUGGUCACAUGAACGACACCAGUUUGAACGGAAACUUAGAAUCACACAUGGAUGGAUUUUCUAAUUUUACUUUAGUAGUAAAUCAACAAAACUAUAGAAAUUUUUAUAUGAAAUAUAUAACGAACAAGCACGCUACUGAACUCAUUUGCGAUAUCAGUGCUGACCACCAGAGUUCCGAUAAUAAUGGAGAAGUUCCCAAUUUUAAUGUUAUUUGUAAAGUUGACCAAAAGAAUUUGAAAGGGAGCGCAAUUACUCAUUGGAGCGAUGGUAAUAGUAUAUCCCUUGAGUUCCAUUUUAAACCCGAUCAAGUGCAUUUCGCAGUAGAAUCACCAAACGAAAAGGCCAAAGUUAUCAACAUAGACGGAUCAUUAAAUAUAAUGAAUAAAGAAAUGUAUAGUUUGACUGUAAAUGGAAACUGGAACGAUAAUAUCAUUAAUUUUAUGGGAAGUUUACAAAUAAAGGAUAACAUACCGAGUAUGAUAUUGCUCAACAUGCAAUUUGGUGAUUUUUUUUAUAAUAUGAACUCAUUGAUUACUAAAACCAAUGAUUUGUUUGAUAUAAAUUUUGGUACGCAGUCGUCAGUGAAAGCUUUGCAUGGUAUUGCUUUAAACCUAAGAGUAGAUCAAACACAAACUGAACACAUUGCAGUCUCUUUGAUCGCGGAUGCACCAUUGAAGAAGGAAUGGAAAACCGAAUUAUAUGUACAAUUGCAUAAUGAACUUUCAAAAAAGAAAUUUCAAAUAAUGGGAAUUUGUAUGCAACAAUUCGUUUCCAUAUCAUCUUCAUUAUCGACCGAACCAGCGUUUGGAAAAUAUGUUAGCCAGACUCUUAUCGAUAUACCAAUUUUAUUCCAAAAUCCUAUUGCGAUUAAUAUUGAUUUGAUUGAUAGAGGAUUUAAACCUGUAUCGUGUAAAAUUUUUCUUAAGUACAUUAACACGUAUGAAUUAGAAGCCAUUCUUAAUAUGCAAGAUAACAAAUUAUCAGUUACUAUCAAAAACAAUGCUCUAAAAACAGAUUUGUUAUUGGAUUUACACGGAUCAUUUAAGAAAAAUAAGCUUGAAUUCCAAGUUGCUAUGAUUGAAGAUGUGUUCAAUGGAAGUUAUGUUUUCAAAGAUGAAUCACUGAAUUCAAACUUAUUUAUUAAAUUACCAAAUUGGAAUUUUAUAUCGAGCACAGCACUUAAUGCAAAUCUAAAUAUGUCCAAUGAUCAAAUUUUUAUGGAAUUACGUUCAGAAGGGAAUAACUAUAAAUUUAAUCAUUCUAUUAACUACUGGAGAAGUUCAGGAAAACUGCAGAUAGAAAUAAUUACAACUGAUCUAAAUAGUAAUAAACCAAAAAGUUAUGUGAUGGAAAUAAAAUUGAAAGGCCCUGAAUAUAGAACACGUUAUGAAGUUUCACACAAUAAUAUAUUCCACUUUAAGCUACAAGAACGGUUAAAUGCCAUAUAUUUCCAGUACAAAAAUAAACUACUAUUUAAUGCCUCAUUUAAAAAGGAUGAUGGCGUAGUGUUAUUGAAGUAUGAAAAAUCCAUUCAUAAUUGCACUUAUACUAAAACAUUUGAUAAUCAUCAGAUUCGUAUGGAAUCACCAAUCUUACCAUCAAAGAUAGCUUUAAUUAAUUUUAUAGCAAGAAGUAAGGAAAAGGCUUCGCUUUUAAAUAUAUCCUUAAAUUCUGGUAAAAUAAAUUUAGCUGGUCAUCUAAAUCUCGAAACAGUUGAUAACAGUAAAAUAUUUUUGCUGGGCAUUUCAUCAAGCGAUGUCAAUAUAUCGCUAUCAUCUCGAUAUGAACGCGAUCAUGAUGAUCGAGAGAUUGAAUUGGUUCUCAUAAGCGAUUAUUUGCCAAAUAAAGAAUUACAUCUGGGAGCGUCAGAGCAUGAUUCAGAAUAUGUGGCUUAUAUUCGAAAUGGACAUUUUGGAUUAAAUAAGUUUAUGAAUUUCACAUCCAAUAUUAAUUUAUUUGAAGGAAGAAUAGAUGUGUUGGUUUUGGCACCAUCAUGUUACUACCUGAAAAAAUAUUACUUAAAUAUAAAGAUUAUGUCGGAAAUGGAUUACUCAGCAGGUGAUCUUAAAUCUUCAAUAACAUCUUCUGCAUUUGGAGAACACGUGAUUUUUGGUAAUUUCAAUUUAACAAGUGAUCAAUUUAAGGCCAAUUCAGAAUUUAUAUUACAUUUUCCAAAUGACAUCCAGCAAAAGAUUUUAUCCAAACUAAUAGUACCUUUUAAAUUAACAAAUAAUUUUACGCCUAUAAUUAGCAUUAAACAUGUCACAUUCGACAAAGAAUUACUUUUAUAUGUGACUUACAUUAAUACACCAGAAUUGCUAAAUGUAGGCGGAGGGGCUAGAGCUGGUUAUUCUAGAUUGUUAGGAUUUGUAACAGUCAAAACUGAUCCUGUACCGUUAUUGGAAUUAUCCUUGGACACGCCUAUGGAGAAUUUUAAGAAAAUUCGUCUACACUUUAAUUCUUGCUCACGAGAAUUAGGCUGCCGGUCAGUUUCAAACUAUUUGAUAGUAAAUGAUCUGAAAAUGGAAUUGAAAUAUUCUUUUAUUUAUAUGAAAAAUGUAGUUUCUACAGAAAUACAACUUUUGACUCCUUUUGAAUACUACGAUAAAUACUUUAUUGAUUUACAAUAUAUAAAUAUCGAGAAAAAGGCAUUAAAAGCCAAAUUUUUUUAUCCUGCCCUAGAAGAACCACUCGGAUUCGAGUUUACCUAUCUUCUCAACGGACUCUUAGAAACAUACGUAGUGCUGAAUUACGACUUACCUCUAAACCAUCAAUUAAAACAUUUUAGAGCAAUUAUUCAGAGCGAGUUGUUUAAUGGAAGUUAUGUUGGACAAGUCUUUUUUGAAAAUAUUGCAUCUAAAAUAGGUGUAUCAACGAAAAAUAUGAUUUCUAGUUCAGAUGUAGAAUCGAUUUCUGCUAUAUACUUGUGGAAUAAAGAAUUAAAUGUUUUAGUGUCUAUCAGCAAUGAAUUGUCUAAGCAUAUUGUUCUGAAGAUCGAUUCUGUUCACCAAAAUAAGAUAUCACAGUUAAUUAAUUUUACAGUUCAAGCAAACAAAAAUUAUGAAAUGGCAACAGACCUACACAUAAAUUCUCGAAGAUAUAUUUCCGCAAAAUUAAUUAUUGACAACAGUUCAGCAAUUUUUGAAACUAAUAAUAUAUGGAGAUCGAUGUUGUUAUCAUACUCUUAUAUAUUAAAAUCUAAUCACAAAAAUAUCCACGCCCUUAUUUGCUGGGAUUUAAGAAAUAGAAUAAAUGCUCAGACUGGUUUCAAAUUUGUUAUUUCGAGAAACAGUUUUUCAAGUUAUGUUGCUAUACCGAAAUUAAAACUGUCAUUUGACUACGAUGUCACAUCAAAUAACGAGAUUGAUAAUAACACAGAUAAAAAAACUUCCCUGUCAUCUUCUGGUUCAAUAUUUUGGAUCAACCAAACGUUCUUUGGAUUUGACACCUCGUACAAAAGUCACUCAAAUUUAGACAAAUCAUACUACAUUCAAAAUUUCAGUGUAUGUAUAUUAUUUCCAAACAAAGCUGUAAAAUACUUGAACGACAUUAAAAUAAUCAAUACACACGAAAUUUUGCUAGAAAAUAGAGAAAUAGAAGUUCACGAUAAGCAUAUAAUAUUUUGGGAUGCCUUGAAUGAUUUGCAAAAUAAUAUAACACUUUACUCAUUUUCAAAUAAAGAUCAAAUCAAACUGGGCAUAUUACAUCCUAAAUUGAACCACAGAAUUGAAGCUCGCCUAAAACGAAGUAAGAAAUUAGAAAGCAUAAAACAUCCAUCUUCUUUAAUGUUUGAGUUGGAAUAUUCUACAGAUCCACGAGAUUUAUUAGUAAUUGAUUAUUAUCAUGUAGAAAGUAUAGAGAACGAAAAAUCGUUUGAAUCUGGGUUGGAAAUAAGUCAUCUUUCCAGUAAUAUCUUUCAUGGUUUUGUUGUUAAUGCAACUUUAACGGAAGAAAUCACAGAAUAUUAUCUCAAUUUAAAAUACGAUAAUCCGCAAGAUGAUACUCAAAAUUUCAUCAGAUUACUAGGGAGAAUUCACAGAAAUAAACCGAUGAUAGAAGGUUUCUUAGAAAAUGAUUUAAAUAAACUUUCAGGAAUUUUUUCAACGUGGUCUGAAAACAACACGAGAGGUUUGAUCAUGCAAGCAGUCUCAAACGAAAACUUACCACUUGUAUUUAAAGCAAGUUUAAAUUCGGGACAGAAUGAUCCUUCCAUAAAUUUCAACAUCGUUGCUGGGCCCAGCAAAAGUUAUAAUAUUUUUGGAGCUAUACCUUCCAAUAAAGAGAUCGUAGCUUAUUUAGAACAUGAUUUAUAUGGAUCAUUGUCGAAAGAUGCUUCUUUUAAUCUACGCUUGAAUACGACAACUCUGAUUUGGACUAAAAUUCACUGGAAGACAGGAAUAUGGAAGGAAAUCAGAGAUAAUAUAUUGAAUGAGUAUGAUGACUUACAAUACAUUGUUGAAAAUAUUGGACAAAGUUUUGUUUGUAUGAUACCAGAUAAUGCUGGUGAAAAGUUGUACAGGGAUAUAAAUUCAGUAACUUCUAAUCUUACUGCAGACUUUGAAAUAUCAUUUUUGAAACUGUACUACGAAUCUUCGAUAGGCAUAUUAAAUGAUAUGUAUCAAGAAAACCAUUUGUAUGCACGAACUAUUGCGGACUACAUAAAUAAAACUGCCACAAAUAUAAUUAAAUUGCCAUCGUUUGGAUUUAUUACUGACCUAGACAGAUGUAUAAAUAUUUUAUGGAUAAAAAUCAAAUCGUGUCCUGAGUAUUACAAUUAUCUUCAAACCAAGUUGUUACAAGUACGUGAUUCGUCGUUGGAAAAAAUUAUGGAUUUGCACAAGGAUAUUGCCAGCCUGAAAACAUAUUUCAAAAAUGCUGUAACGCUUAACAUAAAUAAAAUUAAAUCGCUACUGUCAUCUCUGGGCACUCGUACUACUGGUUUGCUCGACGCAUUCGAAGACCUCUGGCGCAGGACAAAGGCGAAAGUUAGAAGCAUUUUCGAGCCGACCAUCCGAAUGCUCCUGAACAUCGGGCAAGGGGUGGAGACGACUAUUCUUGAUGCGAAAACAGAAUUUAUAAAUUGGUUGCAAGAAGUUCAAAAUUAUAUUUACUCAAUACAAGAGUUGCGAAUACUAAUCGAUACAAUUGUAGAUGCCACGAGUUAUAUCAAAAACCACUUUUCUCAAUAUGAUGUGCAAUCAACCCUAGAUUAUUUGACUGAAAUAUGUGAUAUUGUCACGGCUGAUUUCCAGAGACUGUUAGAUUUAUAUUCAAGCUAUUGCAACGUUGCUGUAGAAGCUAUAAUAGGAGAAACUCCAUACCAGUAUAAUAGAACCGAGAUGCAUUUGUUACAGAAUGAAACGAAUAUGGUUAUACAAAAGAUAAUAUGGACCUGGAACUACUAUAAUAUACCAGAACGUGUAAAAGGCUCAUUAAAAUACCUAAAAGACGACAUGAUUUCUAUAUUAAAUUUAUCAUACAAUUUUCUCACGGUAGAACUUUUACACCUUUUCGAAUAUGAACAAAUGAUCCAGUUUCGUCAAAUCGCCGCAUUCAAUUGCCACGGUUUUCGAAACACAAUAUUUCGUCCAGACAAGGGGCAUAUUGAAUUAUUUCAAUAUCUCCCAUUUGAAUGGGAAGGUUUUAAUGUUACACCACAAUUUUACCUACCAACAACAUUCAGAGAAAGUUUACAACGUUUAAGAAGAGGCGAAAGACCCAAUUUUAAUACCGAAGCUUAUUGGCCAUGGUUAUAUUCAAGAUUUGAAUCUCAUGCUGAUUUGUUACGAGUUCCUCCACCAAUGUAUGCCCUUCUGGUGGGAUCCUCCAGUUACAUAACUUUCCAGGGAGAAUAUCUUGAAAUUCUUAAUUCUUGCAAAUAUCUUGUUUUAGCGGAUUCCAUUGACGAUAACUUCGCUAUUUUCGUAGAGCAUUCACUGAAAAAUAAUAAGAUCGUGAAGGAUUCAGUACAAGUUGUAGUAAAUGGAAAUACAAUAAAACUUGAAAUUAAUGGCCAAAUCUCCGUAAAUAAGAUUCCACGAAGCCUACCAUACCUAAUGGAUGACGUGCUAACUAUACAUCGAGAUCAUUCAAUCUUAAAAUUACAAUAUAGAAAUCGUUAUUUUAUGGACUGGCAUCUUACGACUGACGUUACUGUAUUCACAUCAAAACAAUGGUCAAGAGGAAACACCAUUGGACUAUUGGGCAAAGAAGAAGACGAAUCUAGGGAUGUUUUCAUUGAGAAUAAUUACAAUAAGACAAUGCAGAGUACGUCCAUUUGGAACAACAGAUGGCAUAAAUGCAGCACGGACGUGACUAAUAAUUCAGUGACCAGUGAUACCAAGAAUAUUGAAAUCGUAACAAACACUACGGCAUGUUAUGAAAUUCUACAGUCACAAGAUUCGAGUUUGGCCAAAUGUUAUGGUAUUGUGGACCCUAAACCAUAUUAUAGCAUGUGCUUGAAUAAUCAAGAUGUUUGUGCGUCGGCUCAAGCGUACAAAACAAUAUGCGAAAUAUCUGGAGACAAAGGACUAUCAUUGGAAAAAUAUGAAUCUUGUCGAUGGAAAACUGGGGAAAUGCUGUCAGACUCCCUAACAGCAGUAAACGCUGCUGAUGUAGUUUUCUUAGUUGAAGAAGUCAAUUCAUUAUCGUUUGUUGACUUAUCCCAACUUCUUUUGGAUCUGGAGAAGGCGUUGCUUAACAAAGGAAUUGGUUUAGACGACCUGUUAACUUUGAAAAACCUUGAUUCUACUGUCAAUCGAUACGCAAUUGUCGGCUGGGGAGGCGAUAUGGGAUUGAAAGACCCUUACACACGGACCUCUUUGGCCUAUGUUUGGAACAGUGCACAAACAGCCGCCGAAUUACUCACGAAAAUCUCCUAUGGGGACACCAAAGACAUAACAAGAAUAAAUAUUGUACGCGUCUUAGAGUACGCUUCGGGACUACAGUUUAGAAAAGGCGCUUCUAAAAUCUUGGUCCUUUUGCAAGGUCAGGAGUGUCAAGGCCAAGAAAAAUAUGAUGAUAUUGCAGGUAUCUUGAACAGAAAAGACUUCACUCUACAUGUACUUGAGCCGGAUUCUAUAAAACCAAAAACAAUCGACCCGAAACCUACAAAAGUGUUUGGCGUCGAUAUGAAUGGCGGUUAUACUGCAAGGCAUCAAGAGGGUGCACUCCCAGAUCCUAAAUUAUUAAGCAAGAUUUCCAUACCACGCGAUCAGUGUACCCCUGCGACUUUCGAGUCCGGUGGUUCGCUUUUCAACCUGGAUCGCGCAGAGGAUGCCCGCUUUGCGCCCGUGUGGGCUCAGCGAGUGGCGUUGUCCGCCAAGAAACAUGUGCCGGAACAAGACGAUUGCAACGGGCAGGAACAUAGCGGUUGCAAAUCAAAUAAAAUAGUAAAGAUUGGACAGGGUAGACAAGAUUUUAAGGCAGUGGAGGCGGAAGAUGUGGUCAAUGAACUGGAUGCUGUAAAUGAUAUCUCCGUUGAAUAUGAAGAUGAGUCUUUCAUAUAA